UGAAGUAUGUAUGAGUAUAUGAGUACAUAAUAUACAAUAUCAAAAUAUUUUUUGUAAUAAAUACGUCGAAUAUUUUUUUACAAGAAUUCAGGAAUAACUUCAAAUAUUUCUUAAAUUAAAUACAAUAAUUAUAAACUAACUAAUCAUCAAUAUGGGAGGAUUAUUUACAAAAACUAAAAAGCCUCAAAGUAGAGUAACAGAACAGGACAAAGCAGUUUUACAACUUAAACAGCAAAGAGAUCGUUUGAAACAAUACCAAAAACGUAUUGAGUUGUCUUUGGAAAAUGAUAGACAAUUGGCUAGAAAAUGUCUAUCACAAGGAAGAAAAGAACGGGCAAAAUUACUUUUACGCAAGAAAAAAUUCCAGGAAAAUCUGCUUUCAAAUACUGAUAAACAACUAGAAAAUCUUGAAAAACUUGCCGCUGAUAUUGAGUUUGCCCAGGUUGAGAUUCAAGUAUUAGAUGGCCUUAAGCAAGGCAAUGCAGCCCUGAAGAAAAUGCAUGACAUACUAGAUAUUAAUGAAAUUGAGAAAAUCAUGGAUGAGACUCGGGAAGGAAUUGAGAAGCAACAAGAAAUCGAUUCAAUACUUUCGGAUGCAUUGACGCAAGAAGAUGAAGAUGAUGUAUUGGCAGAAUUAGAUGCUUUAGUAGCUGAAGAAGACGAGACAACAGCUGAAAUAAAACUGCCAGAAGUCCCCAACGAUACUCUACCUAACAAUGUGGAUGACGAGGUAGUAGAAGGAGAGAAACCGACCAAAGAAGUUAAAACAAAAGAAAAACCUGCUAAAGUUUUACUAGAAGCCUAAGUAAAUUACGCAAUGGAAUUAAGCUUUUUUAACAAAUGAUGAUGAUUAAUCUUCGUUGUUUACUAGAUUAAUCAUUUUUGUGUGGCAUAAUUUUAGAUUAAGUCCGUGUAUAUUUUUAAAUAAUUUGCUGUAUAUAUUUUUAUGUACUACUUUAUAUAUUAACAGUUUCUUCGUUCGUACGAUCUAUCAUUUCCAUUGGGAAUUUAUUUCAAAUGCAAUAGUACGUGAACGAAUAGGCUGUUACUAAAAAGUUGAAAUGGAAUUAAAAAAUAAAGUUUUUCUACAAAGUUCUUAGAAUUUAA